GUUUAGCGCCACGCCGUCCCGCUCCAGACAAGCAGCCAACCGUCCCGCCGGUGCAAGUGGCCGCUUGCCCAAUUAGACACUCGCGGGGGGCUCGGCGGCAGCCAAUGUCCGCCGGCUGCAGGGCUGCCGACAAUCAGGAUAAACACGCGAGCAUCAUCAUCAUCGCGCACUCGCAUCGUGAUUUUUGUCCCAUUGUCUGAGACGACACACAUACACACGCGCACACUCGAGUACCAAAGGAAAAUGGGGAAGGAUCCAAAGAAGCCGCGGGGCAAAAUGUCCUCUUAUGCAUACUUUGUGCAAACGUGCCGAGAGGAGCACAAGAAGAAGCAUCCCGAAGCCAGUGUCAACUUCGCAGAGUUCUCCAAGAAAUGCUCAGAGAGAUGGAAGACAAUGUCCCCGAAGGAGAAAGGCAAAUUUGAAGACAUGGCCAAGCAGGACAAGUUGCGCUAUGAGGCCGAGAUGAAGAACUACAUCCCCCCCAAGGGACAAAAGAUGAAGCGCUUCAAGGACCCCAAUGCUCCCAAGAGACCACCGUCAGCCUUCUUCCUGUUCUGCGCCGACUUCCGCCCGAAGGUGAAAGGCGAGCACCCGGGGCUGUCCAUCGGCGACACGGCCAAGAAGCUGGGUGAGAUGUGGAACGGCUCGUCCAUGGAGGACAAGCAGCCCUACGAGAAGAAGGCGGCCAAGCUGAAGGAGAAGUACGACAAGGAUAUCGUGGCCUAUCGCACCAAGGGCAAAGUGGAUUCCAGCUCAGCGGCAGCAGCAGCGGCAGCGGACGAAGACGAGGAGGAGGAUGAGGAAGAGGAGGGAGACGACGACGAAGACGAGGAGGAUGAUGAUGAGUAGGCAAGGGAGACGGGGGGAGGAAGAAAGUGGGGGAGGGACCUGAAUUUUGUCCAUAUCAGAUAACCAACCACAAUGUACUCAAGCCACCAUGUUGACGUCCAGAUGGAACAUGUGUAUAUUUAAUGUUUUUAAGAUGUACUGUACAGUGUUGAGGAAAAAACAAACACCACAUAUCUUCCCUUUUGGGAACUUUUCUUGUGCUUGUUUUUCUCCCCCGCCAGCAGGACAGUAUUAAGUCGCUGCAGGUGUUCCCUCUCGCUCGGAAAUGAGAUUUCCCAGUUUUGAUUGUAAGGUCUUGUUUUUAUUUUGAAAAGUCUUCUUUUCCACGUGCCAUCCUCCCAGUCAUUUUUAUUUUGUUGGAAUCCCACGAAAAUAUCAACAAAGUGCAGCUGUCGACAUUCAAGAAUGUCCUAUCGUAAAAUAAAUGUUUUUCUGUUGUU